AGGUGCAGUGAAGAGAGAAUUUAUUCAUUUCGCACAAUUGAUUUCAGAUCUUUUGUAAUAUAUUCAACUUAAUAAUGGCAUCAGGGGAAAUGGCUGAUUCAAAUCAGUUUGAGAAUUUUUCAAAUGCAAGGCAAGCUGUUGAUAAGCUGCAAGAGGGGAAACAGCAUUGGAUAAAUAUUCUUCUACAACCCUUUACAUAUAUAGAACAAGUACCCGGGAAGCAAAUACGAACAAAACUUACAAAAGCUUUUAAUUAUUGGCUCAACAUUCCUUUAGACAAAUGCUAUGAAAUAGGAGAAAUUGUACAAAUGCUUCAUAAUGCUAGUCUUUUAAUUGACGAUAUUGAAGAUAACUCAAAAUUAAGAAGAGGCAUUCCUGUCGCACAUAGCAUUUUUGGAAUAGCCAGUACUAUUAAUUCUGCAAAUUAUGUGUAUUUUUUGGGCUUAGAAAGAACUUUAAAACUUGGCCAUCCAAAGGCAACUGCAGUUUUUACAGAGCAAUUACUUGAAUUGCACCGAGGUCAAGGAAUGGAAAUUUACUGGCGGGACAAUUUUUUGUGCCCAACAGAACAAGAAUAUAAAGAAAUGGUAAAGCGAAAGACUGGUGGACUGUUUGGUCUUGGUGUGCAACUAAUGCAACUGUUCAGUGAUAAUAAAAGUGAUUUCACAAAAAUUAUUGGAAUUAUGGGAUUAUAUUUCCAAAUUCGAGAUGACUAUGCAAAUCUUCAGUCCAAAGAGUAUACAGAGAAUAAAAGUUACUGUGAAGAUUUAACCGAAGGAAAGUUCUCAUUCCCUGUGAUUCAUUCCAUUCGUAGCAAUCAAGAUGAUCCUAGGAUAAUGAAUAUAAUUAGGCAAAGAACAACUGAUGUUGAAAUAAAGAAAUAUGCUGUAGAUUUAAUGGAGAAAAUGGGAUCAUUUGAAUAUAGUCGUAAUGUACUAAAAGAUUUAGAUACUCAAGCCAGACAAGAGAUUGCACGCCUCGGCCAUAAUUCAUUCUUAAUUGCAGUUCUUGAUGAAUUAAAAUUAUGGUAAUUUGUGAAUAAGCUGUAUUUAAAUGCUUUUCUCAUCAUUAUACAUAAUCAUUUAAAAAAAAACUUUAGAUUUCUUCUAUAAAUGCUUAUGUCAUUAUCAUAAUAUGAUCAAUAAAACUUUUUAGAACAUUUC